CUGGGGUGUGGCACAAUAUUCACAAAAAUAUAGGGUAUCCCACAAGUUUUUGACACUUUCCCAGAUAUUUUUGAUUUCGUCCCACAAUCUUUUGAACGCGUCCCAAAAAUUUUCGAUUUUGUCCCACAAUCUUUUGAAGGCGUCCCACAAAUUUUUGAUUUCGGCCCAUAGUUUUUUAACAGCUUCCCAAUUAUUUUUGCCUGCUACUACAUGGAGCAAAUUUCUUCCUAAAAGUUAUCAGUAUUUAAAUAUAUGCUAUUUAACACGUUGUGUGCCAUGUCUAUCAUUUUUGAUAGACAGUGAAGUUUCCUGGGGGGCCAUGUCUAUCAUUUUUGAUAGACAGUAGUCGUCAUUUUCAAACUGUUAUUUUUCCGCGGUGGCUGCACUUUUCUACUUACAACCUUCGGCAAAUAUUAAGAUAAGACUUUUAUGAAACUAAUUACAUUUUUUUUUUCGCAAAUCUUCAGUCCAUCAAUUUAUAAAAGUAUAUUUUUGGGAUGCCUUUUUUCGAAAAAUCUUAACGUUUUGUUCAUAUUGCUAUCUCUUAUGUCGCGCCGUUUGAUCGUCUGCAGUGCGAGUGAGACAAAUAUAUGCUUGAACAACAGACGGUGGAACGGCGCUUCACAAGAGAUAGCAAUAUGAACAAAACGUCAGAUUUUUCGAAAAAAGGCAUCCCAAAAAUAUACUUUUAUAAAUUAAUUGACUACGGGUUUCCGAAAACCAACUAUAUAAUUAGGUUCAUUAAAGUCUAAUCUACAUAUUUGCCGAAGGUUUUUUGUAAAAAUGUGGUAUCUCCGCGGAGAAAUAACAGUUUGAAAUUUACAUUUCCUGGGGGGCCAUGUCUAUCAAAAAUGAUAGACAGUCAAUUUGUACACAACAACGCCGUGGCCUGCUAGGAAACAUCACCAAAAUAAGCGUGGCACACAGCGUGUUAAAUAUAUGUAAUAUUGGAAGAACACAAAUACUCAGGGUGUGUAAACAUGUAAUUAAACAAAAUCAUCGAAAACACAAAACCGCGAAAAAAACUAUUUCUACUUGUUUCUAUUUGUUGUAUGUGUUAGAAAAUCGUCUCAUGUUUAGGACUUUUGAAAUACAAUUUUUAAAUGAUGCACAUUAGAGAUAAUUUUAUUUAAUGAUAUUUAUACAUACUCUGAUCAUUUAUAUUCUUUCAAUCUAGUAUUUACAUAUAUCGCUGCUAAUUUUUAGGAAGAAAUUAGCUCCACAUAGUAACAUUGAAAACUAAUUGGGAAGCCGUUCAAAAGAUUGUGGGACGAAUUCAAAAAAAAUUAGGGACGCGUUCGAAAGAUUGUGGGACGAAAUCAAAAAUUUCUAGGAAGCGUUCAAACCACAUUGAGAACGUGUAAAAAAAUUGCGGGAUACCCUGUAAUCUACGGACGGAAGAGAAAUCCAUAUUUUAUUUGAUGGCGAAUGAGAAGAUGCCUCCAAGGGAAUAAUAGCAUAAGAUAGGGCUGGCAGGCGAUGCAUUCUGCCGGACAUGUACCAAUAUUAUAGAAAAUAUCGAACAUUAGUUUGUAACCUGUCCGAAGAUUGUACACAAAUGGAAGGACGUAGAACGUACUGCAUAUAAGCUUAUGGGACUCGCAAAUAUUAAAAUAGAGAACUUAAUUAGACCUGAUAGAAUACAAAUGAAUGAAACAAUACUUAACAAAUGUUCACAUCAUAUUAUGUUAUACAUGUAAAUUAGGACUAAGUUUCUACUACGAAUCGCGAUUACUUGAAUUUUAUAAUUUUAAGGUGGUGCAUGUGAGAGCCCUUUCACACGGCACGAACUUGACAGUUCGCCAGUUCGACGAACGUAGCUCAAUCUGGGUGUUGCUGAAUUUAGUGAAAUAGCCGCGAACUCAUGGCGAGCUCGCGAACUUGACAGUUCAAUCAAAACAAACGGGCAGUGAAACAAAAACAAACCGCCAGUGCAAAUAAAAAACAAAGUGGUAGUGAAAACUGUUGUAUCGUUGUAUCGUAUCGUUGUAUCGUUGAUUUGUAAACCAAAAAAGUAAGUUUAAUUGAAUAUUGCGGAUCAAAUAUAUAUGGCUUAAGCUGGAUAUGUUAAAAAUAAUAUCAUUGUUUCAUAAUUGUAUAAUCUCAUCGACUACAGACAAAAGAUAAUAACAUGGACUCGACAGCCAACAAGGCCCCUCAGUUCUGCGAGGAGGAAUUUGUUUUUACGGAAGAAAAAACGCUGGAGUUAAUAUCGGAGGUCCAGAAACACGAAGUGCUUUGGAAAAAGCAAAAUAAAAACUAUAAAAAUACUACAAAACAGGAUGAUAAAUGGCAUACGGUAUCAAAAGCAGUUGUGCUUCCAGUAGCCAUAAUUAAAGCCGAAUGGAAGGUUCUGCGUGCCCAAUUUCGUACCAACAACGCCAAAGCCAAGCAAAGCUGUCGUUCUGGGGCUGGUGCACAACAAGUUUACAAACCAACUUGGUUCGGUUAUGUACCGAUGCUAUUCCUCCGCGAAACGAUGGAUGUGGGCUUCACCAGAGACACGGUAAGAAGAUAAAAAAACACAUUACUUAAACUUUCUAAACAUUUUUAUUAUACUUUUUGAAAAUGCCUGCAACAGUUCUGUUCUAUUUAACUGAUUAAUAUAACAAUUCAUAAUUAGAGUUAAAUAAUUCAUUUAACGUUAGAGUUAAUAAUUCAUUUACAUUAUUUGAUAAAAAGGUAAUAAAUCAGAUUAUGCCAA